GUAAUUUUUAAGUGUACUAUAAAGCUUUCUUUGCUAUGUAUAUGUAUUUUUUAUUAGCUUAUAUUUUUACGAAACUAUCGGGUUAGUUUGGCUGAACGUAUCAUACCAGCAACUGACUUAUCUGAACAAGUUCCAUGUGUUGGUACAGAAUCAUCAGGAACCGGGAAUAUGAAGUUUAUGUUGAAUGGUGCAUUAACUAUCGGAACAAUGGAUGGUUCAAAUAUUGAAAUCUUCCAAGAAGUUGGUGAAUCAAAUGCAUUUAUAUUUGGUCGUACAAUUGAAGAAGUUAGUUAUUUACGGAAAAUAGGAUAUAAUCCAAUGAAAUAUGUAUCUAACAAUCCAGAACUUCGUCUAUGCUUAGAUCAAAUACGUGAUGGUUAUUUUUGUCCAAAUGAACCAGAUCUAUUUAAAGAUUUAUAUAAUAAAUUAGUAACAGAAGAUAAAUUUAUGGUCUGUGCAGAUUAUGCUGAUUAUAUGCGUGCACAAGCUGAAGUGGAAUCAGCAUACAAGGAUGAAGUAAGAUGGUCUAAAAUGGUUCUUAUGAAUAUUGCUGCAGCUGGAAAAUUCUCCUCUGAUCGUACAGUACGUGAAUAUGCACGUGAUAUUUGGAGAGUAAAACCAAUUAAUAUCAAAGAAUCUAUUAAGCCUAAUUUAGCAAGCAAUAACUGCUGUCAGGAAUCCGAUUUCAGUUGAAUGGAAAAUGGAAAAACGCCACAGACAAAAACAAUCAACACAUUUUAUUCAUGGUAUCUUAAGCGUUUGAUUUGUAUGAAAAAUCGAUUUAUUUUCUUUGUUUUAUUGACAAUAUUUUUGUUUUAGUU